AUGGAGAUGCUGGAUUCUGACUUCGACGGCCUGAUUGACGUGAAGGAGCUCACUCGAGCCCUGCAGCAUGCGGGGCUGGAGCUGCGGUCGCUGAAGCUGCAGCAGGGCAGGUCGGACACCGAGUAUGCCACCGCCAUAGAGCUCGCGUUGCCGGACUCCCUGCAGGAGAUCACGGCCAGAGCAGCGCUGGUGGCGAUUUACGAGCUCCUGGAGCUGAACAAGUUGCGCACCAUUGACUUCAUCCGGCUCAUCGAUCGACGUAACAGUGACGCGCACCUCACGCCUGCAGAGCUGAAGAAAGGCGCGGUGGAGAUCGCGCAGGUUGUGACAAAGACCUACGUCAAGAACGUUGAAGUACGGGGUCUUCCCAGGGACAGGCAGAACAGCGAGCCCAACUCUCAGGACUUUGGAAACACCAAGCCCUUCGGCACGGUCCUGAGCUACCUCACCUUCGGUGUCUACGGGAUCCUCCCCCCGGCCAAGGACGUGUACGUGAAGUGGAACGGCGAUCCGACCACCUGGGGCGAUUACCUGCGGAAGGCAAAGGUGCACUACCCGCUGAACCGGCUCGAGGUGAACUUGCUGGACAACGACCAGGGCGAUCUGGAGAGUCAGAGGCGUCCCGGAGGUCUGAUGCUCAUGCGGAAGAGCCAGAAAGCAGACGAGCAGUUCAGUCAACGCCUUCCUCUCCUACUAGAGGAGAACAAGGAGAUCUACAGGAAGGCGCAGCUCAGUCUGAUCCUGGCCCAGAACUUCCCGGACUCCCGGAGGACGAGCAGGAUGAAGCCGACGAAGGAAACGAUGAUGAUUGGCGAUGGUCGAGAUCCUGGUGGAGUGGUGGCCAACAUCAAUGGGGCGCUCAUCAGUGGCGUCGCGGUCGUGAUGAUUCUGAUUCAGAAGAUUCAGAUGACGACGAUGAUCCCGACGUACCAUGGGACGAGCUAG